AUGGACCACUCACACAUGGACCACGGCGGCAUGGAUCACGGCGGCAUGGGCCACGGCGACAUGGGCGACAUGCCGAUGUGCAACAUGAACAUGCUCUUCACCUGGGACACAACCAACCUCUGCAUCGUCUUCAAAUCCUGGCGGAUCACAGGCCUCUGGUCCCUCCUCUGGUCGCUGCUCGCCGUCGUCGCCCUGACAGCAGGCUACGAAGCCGUCCGGGAAGCCUCGCGACGAUACGAACAGCGGCAUGCGGCGAUUAUUGAGAAUUUGCCUCGUAGUUCUGUCAAGGCGGAGGAGCAGAAGGGGAAGAUUGUCAAGGCGUUGUUUUAUGGGGUGCAGGUGUUUUAUUCGUUCUUCAUUAUGCUUCUCUUCAUGACAUACAACGGCUGGAUCAUGAUUGCGGUUGGAAUUGGGGCUUUCAUUGGAUACUUGCUUUUCAGCGGAGCAUCAGCUACGAAGAGUGCGGCUUGCCAUUAG